GGCUACUGGAUCAUAGAAUCGCAUCAGCGAUUGGACAUUCCUGUGUCUUGACCGCUCGAGGGUGUAACCUGGAAUACGGGUGGAAAAAGCGCUUCGGUUGGUGAUGAGGACCUGAUUGUGAGCGUUUGAAUUUGACUGUGAGGCGUGACAGUUAAACGCUGUCAUUUCCAGUAUAGAUGCUUUAAUUACAGAGAUUCCCGCUGCUUCUCAUGAACGCCGCUUUCAGUCUAACGGUAACAUUAGCGCUACCGCUAUUCUCAGUGCAGUGGACGCGCUUCUCAUCGAACUGGAGUAUGUAGCCGCAGAAAAGCGCUACACUUAAUGCAGGAAAGUGAGCCAACCCAAGUGAACCAACUGUGAGCCAGAUCAAGGGAAGAACCAGCCUGUAAGUUUUCUAGUCAAGGUUGCAGCCAUGUUGGAAGAGGAUAUGGAAGUGGCCAUUAAAGUGGUGGUUGUGGGCAAUGGUGCUGUGGGAAAGUCCAGUAUGAUCCAGAGAUACUGCAAGGGCAUUUUCACCAAGGACUACAAGAAGACCAUUGGUGUGGACUUCCUGGAAAGGCAAAUAAUAGUAAACGAUGAGGAUGUGCGGUUAAUGUUAUGGGACACCGCAGGUCAGGAGGAGUUUGACGCCAUCACCAAAGCCUAUUACAGAGGUGCCCAGGCCUGUGUUCUGGUCUUUUCCACCACUGACCGGGAGUCAUUUGAGGCUAUUAGCAGUUGGAGAGAAAAAGUAGAGACAGAGGUUGGCGACAUUCCUACUGUUCUGGUUCAAAACAAAAUCGACCUCCUGGACGAUACAGUGAUAAAGAAUGAGGAAGCGGAGGGUCUUGCUAAGAAGCUCAAGUUGAGGUUUUACCGGGCAUCGGUUAAAGAAGAUCUCAAUGUCAAUGAAGUCUUUAAAUACCUAGCAGAAAAAUACCUACAACGACUCAAGCAACAAACAGCUGAGGACUCAGAAGUAGUUCACACGUCAGGCAAUAAAAUUGGAGUCUUCAACACUAGCAGUGGACACCACGCAAACCAGAACUCCAGCGAUCAGAACGGCCGUGAAGUCAUCAAUCUACGACCAAACAAGCAAAGAACAAAGAAGAAUAAAAUCCCUUUCGGUAGCUGCAGGCUUCUUUAGAACGUGUCCUCGUCAACGGUAUGCCUUGAUUGCCCCGUCGGUCCAGCUGACGUGCGGCAUCAUCAACACUAAUCAGUGUGAGAUUGAGAGAAAGCCAACAUCUCAGUUAAACAAUCAGUACAGGGAUGAUCUUGCUUUUUGACGAGGUUUUCAAUUAGGACUAGCUUACUCACAUAGUGCUUGUGCUGAGUGUUUCUGAUUGCUGUGGAUGAGUCCCAUGUCUUGUGUGAGCUGACAGUGUAUUUUAAUGGUCAGAUUUUGGAAACAUGCUCUUUGCCAGCUACGAAUGGUAAAGUGCUAUUGAAGGGUCGAGGAAGGAUUCUUGUGGUAUAUUUUUAACUAAGUCUUACAAACAAUAGCUGAUAGUGCUAAAUCAAAGCAAAAAACACAUUGAUUUGCGAUGGUUUACAAUCAAUCAAAGAGGGUGCAGACCAUUUCAGAACAGACCUAAAUCCCCUCUUUGAGAGAGGACAAGUUACACAGAGGCCUUGCUUUAGAAGGUAACAGCUAAGUUUUAAACCAAGGCUUUAAAAUAGGACAGCUGAGUAGUAGAGCAAUGGAAGAUGCUGUGAGUUUGUGAGGUUUGUGUUUCUUUGAUAAGCAUAAAUACAUUAAAAAGUAAAAAAUAGCAGGGUAACAUUCACUAACAAGAUUCACACAUCGUUUUUAACUGUUUGUAAAUUGAGCUGUUAAUCUUGUGCUGUAUGUUAGUAUUGAUACGGUUUUAUCAUUUGGUUCCACAAAAAUGUGAUGUUCUUAAUACAGAUUAAAAACUUCCAAAAUGUAUUUUUGUAAGAGAAAAUGUAGUCAGAUAAGUAGUUUAAAACCAGAGGAUUAACACAGUGCCAAAAAGUUUCUUUUUUAAACUGUAUGCACUUGGAAGAACUGUAAAUAUUGUUAGUAAUAUUUCUCUUUUCUGUUUAAAAAUCUCAUAGUACUGAUACACGUCAUAACCAUCUGUACAAAUAAUCACUUA